AUGGGUCGAAUACGAUAUGUGACAUUCGCGCCCUCGUUUAUGAGUCUAGAGGCAGAUAAAAAGCAUGAGAAGACGCACGGGAAUGAAUCAGCAACACCAUCACAACCAUCCCAGCCAAAGUCGAUUACGAACAAUGUGACUGCUACAUCUGAAAUUAAUAGCACUCCUAAAACCACACCAGAAUCUCCCAAAAAGUAA